AGGACGGCUCUGACGAAAGCCGGAGCUUGGCAGCUCUGUGUUGACAUCCGUGGAGGAAGCGUUGCGUUGAGAAGCUGGUGCGGAUCUUGAAGGACAGUCUUGAGUCCGGCGUAGCGUGGCGUUAAAGCUGCGCGCUGCUGAUCAUUUUCACGCGGUUUCCGGUUGUGGUCGCUGAGGUAUCGCCGCGGUUUAAUGCGUAUGCCGCUUGAAGACGUUGGAUUUGAUCAUUCUGAAAGGACACAAGGACCCGCGUCGCCUGUGCAGCGCAAAGAGAAGCGGCUAGUUGAGAGAAAUGGGUCUCUUGUAUUUGUAGGACAUUAACUACUCCAUUGCCAGCGCUCUGCUGAAGGAAUUUUCGAUUUCUAUACACAUCAGGCUGCUGAAUAGGAGCGUGUCUUGUCAAAUUCCGUGGAUUUUCCAGCUACGAGGAUCCAUCAUUUGCGGAAAUCGCUAGGAAUGGAGCAGCAAAGCCAGACCAAGGUUGAUGUUCCUGUGUCGUCAGCAGAGAAAGCAGCUCCCGAAGAAGACUCUACCCCUGUUCUUGCUUCAGAGAACAUUGCCUCCACAUCCAGUACACCUCCAACAGCUCCAACAAGGCCAAGAAGGCCACAGAGGACACCCCGGGUAGAAGGAUCCAUUGACGUAUCAGAGCCCAUACCUCCAGAGUCCCCAAAACAUAGCCAAGAGAAGCCCGACUCCCCUGCUCAGAGUGCUCAAAGUAAGCCUGUCCGACCGUCAGGUCCAGCACACCAGAUUCAUGCUGACACAUCCUAUGGCCUGUCCAUUUUGGCUGGACACAAAUCAGCUGGGCUUGGCACUGGAGCUAGAAGCCACAUGUCUAUGAGAACAGCCUCACUGCCUCAAGCUCCUUCUUACAAACCGCCAUCCAUGGAUCCUGGCUCUCAUCCUCACAGGGCACUCUCUGUGGCUGGAACAGCUGAUACUGAGCCUCAGGUUGUGGAAGACUUCAGAGUGCACAUAACCACAUGGAACGUGGGCUCAGCUGUGCCUCCAGAUGACAUCACUUCCUUGCUGGGGCUGAACGUAGGCGAUGGAAACACAGACAUGUACAUUAUAGGGCUACAGGAAGUGAACUCUAUGAUUAAUAAACGACUGAAAGAUGUUCUCUUCACUGACCAAUGGAGCGAGGUCUGCAUGGACACACUCAGCCCCUUUGGAUACGUGUUGGUAACCUCUCAAAGAAUGCAAGGAGUGUUACUGCUGGUCUUUGCCAAAUAUUUCCAUCUUCCUUUUAUCAGAGGUGUACAGACAGAGAACACACGCACUGGGCUGGGUGGAAUCUGGGGCAAUAAAGGUGGAGUGAGUGCUCGCAUGAGUGUGUUUGGCCACUCGAUCUGUUUCUUGAAUUGCCACCUGCCUGCACACAUGGAGAACUCAGACCAGCGAAUGGAGGAUUUUGAGAGCAUUCUACAGCAGCAGCAGUUUGAAGGUCAAGCCGCCAUGGGAGUCCUGGAUCAUGAUGUUGUUUUCUGGUUUGGGGAUCUAAACUUUCGUAUUGAAGACUUGGAGAUGCAUGUGGUCAAGGCAGCUAUUGAUAACAACAAACUUUCUAUGCUAUGGGAAAAAGACCAGCUGAACAUGGCCAAAGAUAGUGAAACCGUACUGGAAGGCUUUGAGGAAGGACCGCUCAAAUUCCAUCCAACCUACAAGUUUGAUGUGGGGACAAACACAUAUGACACCAGUGGGAAGAAGCGAAAGCCGGCAUGGACUGACCGUAUUCUCUGGCGUUUGAGGCCAAUGGCACCUGCUAGCAACAACAUGUCCAAGCGCAGCUCUCUUUCAGGUCUGACCAGUGGUACCCGAGUGAGCCAGCACUUUUACCGUAGCCACAUGGAAUACACCGUCAGUGACCACAAGCCAGUUUCCUCUAUUUUCACCCUGCAGUUCCCGUACAAGGUGGAUAUCCCUUUAGUGACAAUUAUCGUAGAGGAUGAGUGGAGAGAAGUAACUGACGCCGUUGCCAAAUUCAAGGUCACACCCAACUUCUCCCGAAGUUCAUGGGAUUGGAUUGGUCUUUACAAGGUUGGAUUCAAACAUCACAAAGAUUAUGUGGGUUAUACUUGGGCUAAGCAGGAAGAAUCAGAUUACCUGCGACAGGAGCACCAAGUUACCUUUGCAGAGGAGGAGUUGCCAAAAGAAUCUGGGGACUUCAUCCUGGGUUAUUAUAGCAACAACAUGAGCUCUAUCGUGGGUGUUACUGAGCCAUUCCAGAUUCAACUGCCCUCCACCAGUGAAGCUGGCCUCAGUCCCUCAGACAGUUCAGAUUUUACCUCCGAGGAUGAAAUCAAGCAGGCAGAUUCGCGCGACUCCAGCCCUGUGCGAAAUAAGAAGGGUAGCAGCAACAGCAGCAGGAGCCAUACACCUACUGAAGGGCAGAUGGAAAGUUCCAGCAAUCCCCGCUCCAGAGACACCUCGCCACAUUCCUCCUCUGGCAGAAAGGGUUGCAGCACCCCCAAAAGGAACGAUUCCUCUGAUGGUGCAAACUCAGGGAAGAACACCGACAAGCCCUAGAUAAGCACACUGUUGAGAACGAUGGAUUGUAUAUACAAAGCAGAAGCUGAAGGAUUCUCUUGGGAGUUCUGUAAUGUCUUUGUGCAUUUGCUUUAGUGUGAAGUCGUUCAUUAAGUGGAGAUGUUGUCUUGUGUGUUGCAGUGGUGCAGGGCAGACAUAGGCCUAUAGUGAGCAGCUCCCUCUAUGACAGUUAAGAGGGUGGGCUGAGUUAUUGUCCGUGCCUGUUUCGCAGUAACCUGAAGUCAUACCAUACAUACAUUUUUAGUUUUCUCUCCUUUUCCUGUAUUUCAGCAUGUUAAAUGGUUCAAUUCUGGGACAGUUAGAAGUAGCACAGCAAGAGGUACACAAGCACAUCAGAGAGAUUUCAUGAAAAAUACUACAAAUUGGUUGGUUUAUGACAAUUUGUAUUCAUUAAUUGCAUCUAGCAUCUACUAUGAUAUGUGCUGAAUACAUCAGAGUCUUUGCCAAGGCUCUGAGAAACUGCCAGGUUUUAAUUUGUAGAUCAGCCAACCAGACUGACUGCACAAAUGAGAGUAGAGCUUUGGAUCCUCCACCGCUUACAAAUCCUAUUUGCCUGUGCAGAAGUACACUGGGAUUUCAACAAGGCAUGGUUCUUGUAUUUACAAUGUGGUCGGUCUUUUUUACCAGUGUGGUGAGUAAAUGGAGGUAGAUUUGAACAUUUCUGUGUGUAUAUGUGUGUAAAGAUAGCAAGAUAUUUAUUCCCUUAUUUGAAUUACACCUGAGCAGGUCAUUCCAUUGCACAUUUAAACAUAUUUUACAUUUCCACACAGCUAAGACAUUAUUCUAUAAUAAGACUUUAACAGAUAAGAAUAUUAUUAAGUGAAUUAUUCUUAAGUCUUAAACACAAUCUUGUCAUGACCUUGACUGUACAGGUUUAAUCAUGUAAUUAGUUAUUUGCAAGGUUACUGCUGUGCUGUGAUACAGUGUUCUUGUUACAGUAGAUGUCCUCUAAAAGACCUUGCCUGAAAACUCUGAAGUCACGUUCUUCCCCAUUUUUUUGCUAAUCCAAAGUAAUUAGAAAUGUUAUGGCAUGUGCCAAUCCAAGGAAAUGAGCAGUCAUUCACUUUUUGCCAGCUAUUAUUAGUGGUUUAGUUUGAUAUUGAAGGCAGGUCUUAUGAGACAACAGAAGAAAGAAGAUUUUCAGGGCUUUGGAAGAACAGAAACGGUAAUGAUCAAUGAAAUUACAGGGCUAAAACUCUAAAUGAUCAUCCCUCACAAGUGAAACUUGAAAAUACUCAAUUUCAAAGGUGUAGAAGGACGUUCCGUCAAAGUUUUUGUGGCUAGAUUUGAGCUUUAGUCUGUAUCCAAAAGUACUGCGUCUCUACUGUAAUUGUGGUAGGAAUCCUAGGGCAUUCUAUAUUGUCUAGAGUUUUCUAGGAUUUGUCCUCUGUGGUCUCUUCUCUUCUCUUCUCUUCUCUUCUCUUCUCUUCUCUUCUCUUCUCUUCUCUUCUCUUCUCUUCUCUUCUCUUCUCUUCACUUCUCUUCUCUUCUCUUCUCUUCUCUUCUCUUCUCUCCCCUUGUCCUUUCUCUCUUUGUAGUAUUCACAAUGCUGUCUCCAGUAGCAAUAUGUCGGAGUAGUAACUAGUGAAUCUCAGUGCACCAUUUUGGACGUUUUGUGCCAUGACUACUUAGCUUUUUGACACAGUGUGCUGUCUCACUGUACUGUGAUGGUGAGAUAGAGUGUCUGUAUUUGAUUAUGUACACGUGUUUGCAUGGCCAUAUGUCAUGAUAUGGUGAUAUAUUGUGCUGUCAAACUCCUUUUAAUACUGAUGUGGGAAUUGAUGUUGGAAAAUUUGAUUAAGGUCAGAUAAAAUGAAGAGAAUUAAGGUGCUUUAUGUAGUGUUAUUUAUUUUUGCCUUUUUAAGUCACUGUCAUACUGUCAUAUUGAAAAGCAACAUAAGCAAAGCCAUUUUGAGAGAUCUUCACCACUAGAGAAAUAAUUGUGUGCAAAGGUUUGGGCAGCUCUAUUGCAAAGGCAUUUGUCAGAUUUGCUGGAAUUUCAUUGCAAUUUUCAGGCAUGUUGUUCAAUAACACAACAAAUUGCAGGUAUUUAGCACAAUCCUCAGACCAACAAUUCACUUUCCACUGGGACUGUUUUUUCAAAUUACCUUAAGAGGCUUAUUUCCCACAUCCAUAUUAGGAUAACUCAGGACGUCUGCAAUAUAUCGCAACUCUCAGCACAGGAUUCUGUUCCACAAAAGGGCACACAAAAGUAAUAGGCAUGCUUUUUUGUUACUCUAUUGUUAUCUUUCUAGCAUAUGGAAAUAGCCCUAAACAUACAUUUCUGCAGUAUAAAAACUAUUGCAGUUCAUGACUGAUAUUUGUUUUCAUCUUGGUCAGGUCUUUAGACAGAAUCACUGGUCUAGUAGACAAAAUGUCUUGGAUUAAAAAGUAAUUUUGAAAUAUAAAAAAUAUGGAUAUAAUCAUACCUUAGGCACCAAACAAAAUGUAGGGAUGAAAAACAGAUAUUAACAAGGGCACCUCUUGCUUUAACUGUUUUUAUAUUUGGAGUGUCUUCAGAACUGGACCUGUUUUUUGAGAUUGAAAACCAGCAGCUGAUUUCCAGGAAAUGAAGACAGUGGAAACAUGGCCUACUUCUGAAUCUGAUUAGAUGAACAUCUCAAAUGUUUUGUUUGUACAUGACAAAAUGAUAUACUCUAGCAGGGUUACUAAAUUCAGUAACAAAGCGAUAUGACUGAAAAGCAUUUCAUGACCAAACACAGACUUAGUCUAACUUAACAUAUUGCCAUUACAUUGAUUAAUUUGGUGGUGAAGAUUGCAUAAGGAUUAUGGCUACAUAUGCAUAUGGAAAAAUAUCUACAGAAUCCCAUCACUGAAACACGCUGGAUAGUCGUACUGUAGGAAAGAGCAUUUAUUUAAACCAGGGGUGCCCACUCCUGGUCUUGGAGAUCUACACUGUAACACCUAAAAUAAUGAAGGCUUUUGGGGGCGUGUGUUGUAUUUGAACUUUCCAGGAUGGUAGAUCUCAGGAACAAGGAUAAUCCCCCUGAUUUAAACAGUGUCAGAGUGUCAGUUUCUGGUUUCCAAUUGCAGGAAAAUAGGAAGCCAAAUCCAGUUCAGAAAAAAUCUGCCUUUAAUAUUAUGGUGUAUUGAAUUUAUGUUUUAGUGCUUUAUACAAUGUUCUAAGGAAAGAAUAUAAUAUUCAUGCAUAUUGGUAAGGAAUGUUAUUGUUGAAAUAAUGUAGAGAUUCUUAAUGGAAAUUAUGUGUAUAUGAAGUAGAUGUAAAGAAUAGAUGACAAUCAAUGCCAAAAAACAGAGGAUAUUAUAUGUAUAAGAUGUGCAUUAAUUUAUUUUUUCAUUGCAGUAUAUUUACUGUAUGUAAAAUGUCAUUCUGCUGGCCAGUGUAUUGAUGGCAUUAUGAAGAGGAUUGCUUUUAUUUGAAUUGUUCUCUUUUAAAUAUUCCUUCUUUGAAUUGAUAUGUUAUGCAUUUCCUUAAAUUCACAGCUUAAAUCAGUAUCAUUCUCAUCUUCAAUCUUUACAGUUCUUUAUGUUCACCUCAUUUUACAUUUUACAAGUUGUAUAAUUUACUGUAGUUUAUAGUUUCACAUAUUCAUUUGAUAAACUUUUGAAAGCUAUCUUGUGAAGGGAGCCAUCUGGCCAUUGCUGUCCAAACAUUAUUGUCCAAGAGAAAAUAAAUCCCUGUCAAAGUUGAAAAGUAA